AUGGCUGCCCCGCCCACAAUUCCGCCUAUGGAGAGUACCGAUAGCUUCAACCCCGACCUAAACAACGCAUCGUCCCCUACCCAGGACGGUGCCCAACAUUCACCCAUCGAAGAUGCAACUCCCGCAUCGCCCGAACAACGGACUGCGCCUCACGAUGCGCAAACGCAGCAGCGCGUCCACGAUAUCCUGCACUCUGAUGUGGGCGUUGCGACCCUUCUCAACCGCCUGAAGGCUAGCAUCGCGAGCGCCAGAGACUUCGCCAGCUUCCUCAAGCGCCGAGGAGCCUUAGAGGAGGAGCAUGCCGGUAGCCUCAAGAAGCUGAGCCGCUUGACCCUCGAUGGCGUACGAAAGCCCGAUACGCGGCACGAGAGCUAUCAGACGCAGUUCGAGCAGGUUCUCCACGCGAACGAGCGCAUCGCCGACAAUGGCACCCAGUUCGGCCUUGCUCUGCACGCCAUGCAUGAGAAUCUGCUGCAACUAGCCAACAAGAUGGAUACGAGCCGCAAGACGUGGAAGCAGCAGGGGCUCUCCGCAGAGAACAAGGUGCAAGACGCCGAACGGCUGGCCGAGAAGGCCAAGGCCAAGUACGACCAGCUUGCUGAAGACCUUGAUCGCGUCAAGACAGGCGAUACUGGCGCAGGCAGAAAGUUUGGCUUAAAAGGACCCAAGUCGGCCGCUCAGCACGAGGAGGACCUGCAGCGCAAGACACAGGCGGCAGACCAGGACUAUGCCAGCAAGGUGCAGACGGCCCAGGUCUCUCGCAAAGAGCUUGUCGCGACUCUGCGUCCCCAGGCCGUCACUGCACUGCUGGAUCUUAUCAAGGAAACGGAUGCCGCGCUCACAAUGGAGAUGCAGAAAUACGCCUCGUUCAACGAAAAGCUCGUCGUCAACAACGGCCAGGUUGUCAGCCCACAGCCGCUGAAAGGCUCAACUGCUCAAACUCCACCCAGCAUCAACCAGUUGAUCUACCAGAUCAACAGCGAGCGGGACUUUGACGAGUACAUCUUGAGCCAUGCAUCUAAAGCACCUAUGGCCAGAUCGGAGCUACAGUAUGUGAAACACCCAACACAGGCGGCGACACGGUCACAUCCAACACCACCAGCGGCUGCAAGUGGUAACCGUCGUGCCUCUAUGCAGCUGCAGAGCCAGCCGCCGCCAUCAUUUUCCAUGCCACAACCGGACGCGAAUCCUCUGUCGCCCCAGGGCCCUCCUCCUCAUGAGCCAUUACAGCAACCCUCAUUUGGAACCACCUCACAGCCACCGUCUUCGUCACUGCAAACGCAACCAUCGCAGCCCCCAAUACCACACUUCACUAGCUCGCCCUACUCACCUGUCACACAGAACCCAUACUCCCAGCCAGACUAUCCUCGUGGACCCGUUGGCCAGGCUACCGCACAGCAAACCAGUGGCGUACUCUACAAUAACGCUCAACCCCCAGUGAACCCUGUCUUUGGCGUGACUUUGGAAGACCUUUUCCACCGAGAUGGCUCCCCUGUACCUAUGGUAGUUUACCAGUGUAUACAGGCCGUGGAUCUAUACGGAUUAGAGGUAGAGGGUAUCUAUCGUAUCCCUGGGACUUCGUCACACAUCCAGCAGAUGAAAGCUCUUUUCGAUAGUGAUGCUUCCCAGGUGGAUUUCCGUAACCCAGAAGCGUUCCAACACGACGUGAACAGUGUGGCUGGAUUGCUGAAACAAUUCUUCCGCGAGCUUCCUGACCCAUUGCUUACUCGCGAGUUCUACGGCAAGUAUAUCGAUGCUGCACGUAUCGAUGACGAGACCAUGCGCCGAGACUCCAUGCAUGCGCUGAUCAAUGCCUUGCCUGAUCCGAACUAUGCGACGCUUCGUGCCCUGGUUCUGCAUUUACAUCGUGUGCAGCAAUCUUCUGAAGUUAAUCGUAUGAGCACUGCGAACUUGGGCAUCUGCUGGGCGGGAAGCUUCCAAGCCACCCACCCAGACCAAGCCAAACACGACCCUCACCACCAUUACUCCGCUCUGCACACGCUGUCAGAAACGAUACUCAAGUUGACCUCGGCCCCGAGCUCCUAUUCUGACACCACCAUCAUGCUCACACGUCGUGUUUGUGCCAGCGUGCGCGGCGGCAUCCUCUCCCCACUAUGUGCCACAGCUGUCCGGUCUCAGGCAUUCGGUACCGGGCCUCCGACACAGAGCCCAGUUAGAGCUCCUACUCUGGCAGACAUCACGCCUGAUAGUGCUGCUAGCUUCAAUGAGAAGCAGAAGAGCUUCCGUGAUGGUCUGGCCGCAGCUCAGAAGCGAAAGGAACAGGAAGAAAAAGAGGCUCGCGCCCGUGAGCAAGAGAACGGCAAAAAGAAGGGCGGUGCGCUGUCAUCUCUCAUCUACGGUACACCCGAGGGCCGCGAACUCGACAAGGACAUUGAGCGCAGCUUUUCUCAGGUUCUGGCUCGCGGUAAAUACGUCCACUCGAUUGUGUUCCACGAAGUACAGCCAGACAAGGUCGAAGAAUACACUGAGCUGGUGGGAAGUUGGUAUCCGAAGAUGGCUUCUAUCCCCGAGAACAAGGUCCAUCUUGUAGGUAGCUGGCGGACCGAAGUGGGAGACUGCAACACUUUCGUGCACAUCUGGGAAUACCAACGCUACGAGGGUUAUCACGAAUCGCUACACAACAUCCAGUCUCACCCAGAGUUCCCUGAAUUCGACGCCAAACUCAAGAAAUUGAUCAUGUCCAAGAAAAACUCUCUCAUGCAAGAGUUCUCCUUCUGGCCAACAACACCGCCGCGCCAACUCGGUGGCUUAUUCGAACUGCGCUCGUAUACACUGCAUCCAGGCAACCUACUAGAAUGGGAGACACAUUGGAGACGUGGCUUGAAGGCUCGGCGGGAAGUCAUGGAGGGUGUAGGUGCUUGGUUCGUUCAGAUCGGCGAUCUUAACACAGUACAUCAUCUAUGGCAGUUUGCGAACCUAGAGGAGCGUAAGGUUCGCCGCGAGCAGAGCUGGAGUGUGGAAGGCUGGGGCGAAACAGUGCACAAGACAGUGCCGCUCAUCCAAACCAUGAAGAGCAGGAUUUUGAUUCCUUGCUCCUGGAGCACUGUCGCUUAG